CCAUAUUAGGAAAAUGGGGCGGGUUUUCAGGCGUGAGCGUGACAUCAGUCAAAGGAAAGAAAGACUUCCGCCUUCGUGAAGCGCGUGGAAGAGAGACCUUAUAAGAACACAGCUGAGCGGUCUUCCUAUUAAAUCGGAAUUUUUUUUUGUUUAAAUUUUAGACUGAUUUCAGCAGUUUAAAAGUAAUUGAUCGGUAUAGAGUUUAUUUUUGUAUUUCCGACUUUGGGUUAUAGGCGUGAAGCCGAAUUUAUUCCGUGUAGUUUUUAAAUUUAUUUGCUUAAUUUUGAAAUCCGUAGCGCGCGCACACUAAACGUUAGGCGCGCGCGCUGUUUGCAGGAAGGGGAAAAAGAAGAGAAGCUUACGAUCAUCAGUCUUUUAACGAAUGAGCUUCCAUUCAUCCCUCCUGUCCGUUGCACAAUGGAUGUCCGUUCCGUCUGCCUAAUCGGCCAAACUAAAACGCAUUGUAGCAGCACUAGUAUAUUCAGAGGAUAGCAAUAGCCCCCUCACGCCACCCUCUCCCUCGGCGUUACGCACCAGUUUACAACUUGCAGCAGUGCAGAUUCUCUCACUAGUGUCUGGAUUUGCUCUAAAUUGCUGUAUUAGCAGAGGGCGGUUUGGGGAAUAUCCGAAAAAACAAACACGAAAAAAAAAAUCUUUAGAAACACUAGUACCUCAGUUAUUUAAACAAUUCUAGCUUGCUGCUUAUUAAAACAAGGGCCUCUAUUAUUCAGUUUAUUUUGUUAUUUACCCUGUAAGAUUGUGACGCUGUUUUAAACUUGAAAGAGAAGAAUCGAAAAGCUAUUGCACACGAUGGUGUCGACAACGUUAGCUACGGUAACACUGAUGAGCACCGUCGUGGCGCUAGCCGCGCAGGGCCCGCUAACCGACUACUUGUGGCUCCUGAUCGUCGGUUUCAUCAUAGCCUUCAUCUUGGCCUUUUCCGUGGGCGCUAACGACGUCGCCAACUCGUUCGGCACGGCCGUGGGCUCCGGCGUGGUCACCCUGAGGGUCGCGUGCAUCCUUGCUACCGUGUUCGAGACCCUGGGAUCGGUGCUACUUGGAGCCAAAGUCAGCGAGACGAUACGGAAAGGGAUCAUCGAUGUGAACAUGUACAACGGCUCGGAGCACGUUCUCAUGGCCGGCUCGGUCAGCGCUAUGUUUGGCUCUGCUGUGUGGCAGUUGGUGGCUUCUUUCCUCAAACUGCCCAUUUCUGGGACGCACUGCAUCGUGGGAGCUACUAUCGGCUAUUCACUGGUGGCGAAAGGCCAACAGGGAGUCCGAUGGCUUGAGCUUCUGCGAAUCGUUGCGUCUUGGUUCCUCUCCCCGCUCCUCUCUGGCUUGAUGUCUGCUGUUCUCUUCUACUUUGUCCGCAUGUUUAUCUUGCAGAAGAAGGAUCCGGUUCCCAACGGACUCAGGGCGUUGCCUGUCUUCUAUGCUGUCACUAUGGGAAUCAACCUGUUCUCCAUCAUGUUUACAGGCGCACCGAUGCUGGGAUUUGAUAAACUGCCCUGGUGGGGAGCCCUUCUCAUCUCUCUCGGAUGUGCCAUCCUCAUUGGACUCAUCGUCUGGUUUGCCGUUUGCCCCUUCCUCAAGAAGAAGAUCGAACGUGAGCUCAAGUCUUCCAGCCCCUCAGAGAGCCCCCUAAUGGAGAAGAGGGAGAUGACGGAGACGCACGGUCCCAUCCUCAAAUCUGUUCCUCUGGAGACCACGCCUACCCCGUCCCCCAGCGCACCUCCAAUGCCAGCUCCUUGUGAAGAACGCAGGGUCACCUUUGACAUCGGAGACUCGGACGACGCCGAACCUAAAGAGGGCGAAAUCGGCAACGGGAGCGCACCCAAAUCAGUGCACGUUCAAUUCAGCAACGGCCCCACCCACGCCCCCAGCAACGGCUACAGUCAGUACCACACUGUCCACAAAGACUCGGGUCUCUACAAGGACCUGCUGCACAAGCUGCACCUGGCCAAAGUGGGCGACUGCAUGGGCGAGGGCGGAGACCGGCCCAUCCGCCGCAACAACAGCUACACCUCCUACACCAUGGCCAUCAUCGGCCUCCACGGCGAGUUCAAGCCCCGAGACUCUGAUUUCCGCGCAUCUGUGGACGGAGACAAGGUGCUGGAGCGCAAGAGGGUCCGCAUGGACAGCUACACAAGCUACUGCAACGCCGUGGCCGAGCACGGCACCCCCGAAGACGGCCUCGGAGACGGAGAAGUGAACCUGGAGAUGCCCGAGGAGGACCGAGGAAGCAACAGCAGCUCCAUAGAGGAGGACAGGGCCGACGCGGAUAAACCGGAAGUUUCCACACUGUUCCAGUUCCUGCAGAUUCUCACCGCCUGCUUUGGCUCCUUCGCUCACGGUGGAAAUGAUGUCAGUAAUGCUAUCGGUCCGUUGGUGGCGCUGUGGCUGGUUUAUCAGAGUGGUUCUGUGGAGUCCACUGCGCCGACCCCUCUCUGGCUGCUGCUGUAUGGCGGAGUGGGCAUCUGCAUCGGGCUGUGGGUUUGGGGCCGCAGAGUCAUCCAGACCAUGGGCAAAGACCUCACUCCAAUCACCCCCUCCAGCGGGUUCAGCAUCGAGCUGGCUUCAGCAGUCACUGUGGUCGUCGCCUCCAACAUCGGCCUGCCCAUCUCCACCACCCACUGCAAGGUGGGUUCUGUGGUAGCCGUGGGUUGGUUGCGUUCCCGGAAAGCUGUGGAUUGGCGUCUUUUCCGCAACAUCUUCAUGGCCUGGUUCGUGACCGUGCCCAUCUCCGGUCUCAUCAGCGCCGCCAUCAUGGCUCUCUUCACCUACGUCAUUUUAUAAAGCCUCCGACCCUCAGAGCCUGCUGUAGUGUAGCUUCCGCCGUUCGCAGCUAAGAACGCAAGAGAGCUGGCUGUCCUACCUUCUCUCACCGCCUCGCUAAACUCAUAGCUCCAAUUUCCAUCUUUAAUGGGGCUGAGGAAUAUCAUUUAGUUUCGUUUUUUCUAACUAAGGCUUGUGUUUCUUAGCUUGCGGCAUGCGUUGACAAUUCAUCCAUGCGCUCUCUCUCUGUGUGUGUGUGUGUGUGUGUGUGCGUGCGUGUGUGUACGCGUGCACACAUGCCUACCAGGGUUCACAUGCCAAGGGAGCAUGGGGGGGGGGGAAAUAUUUUCUUCAUAUUUUUUCAUUUCCUUUUUCAUUUUCUAAAUAGAUGAAUUGUUGCCAUGUAUACAUACAUACUCGUUUUUUUAUUUGUUUUUUUUUGUAAAUAGGUGACCAAAAGAAUUUUUUUUAAGAAAAUGUAAUUAUGUACAUAUAUAACUAUUAAAAAAAAUUCUCCUCCAGUUGAUGGUGGGGGGUGAAAAAGAACAAAUUGCAGUGCAGUAUUAUUAGCCUUCCUCUCACACCUCGUCACGAAUCAUUCCCUGAGACAGCGCUCUGAAUAGAGCAGUAUUUAGAUGUAAACGAGGUCACCGGUCUGUUUGGAUUUUCUUUCCAUUCCUUAUAAUGAUCUGUCGAGUAUCUGUGAGAAGUGCUCGUGCAGGUCCUGACACGUCCCUCGCUAACAUUUCACGUACGACGAAUCACCCAUACCGAGCGUUAUGAUAAUUUUUGAAAAAAUUGUUGUUUUUUUUUUUAAGUUUCAGAGUCAUUGUUGGUUUUCAGCCAAAUGCCGACUCGUGUAGAUAUACAUAUAUAUAUUUUUUUUCCUCAUUCCUCCGGUUUACUUAAUCGAUUCUCAUACGUUGGAUCUAGAAAUGCACUGAUCUCCCCCCGGCCCCCUUUUUCCUUUUUUCCAUUCGAAAAAUAAUACAGUGCUGGAAAAUAUGAGCUUGUAAUAUAAUAUCCGUCUUGCACUAAAUUACGUCAUCUGUACUGUCCCAUCACAGAUCGGAUUUUAUCUGUUACUUUGCAGCAGAGAUGAAAGGAUUGGACGUUGGAGUAGUUUCUUUUGUAAAAUGUAAAAACAUCUUGUCCACGUUGAUGUUUAAACGUCGCAUUACUGUUUCACUGGAAUUUACGUGAUUAUUAUUAUUAUUAUUUUUCUUUACAUCGUCCCACCUUUCAAUACAAUCUGUUAGGUGAUGAAAUAAUUGCGAAAGCUGUUGGAUCAGUUCGGAUCUCGAAACGGAAGUAGCGAUCUGAGCCGGGCUUUGCGGUGGGGAGGAAGAAGAUAGAAAAUCAGUCAACAGUAGUCACGUGAAGGAAAAUGAGGAAAAAGUGUGCUUUCUAAAAUACCACAUCGUGAUCAGAUUCCUAAUUAAUUCCACCGAAGUAAAUGAGACCGUUACGCCCCGUCUAGCUUGAAGGUUUUAUUAUAUUUAAACUCUGUGAAACUCCGAAACAGAGCAGCGUGUGCGAGUAAGCCCUCUCUCCGUCUGGUCAGAUUAAUGAAACGUCCUCCAAACGUUUCCAGUCUCCGUAUGGUUGUUGAGCGCUUCGUGUUGCCGUGCGGCGCUCUCGUGGAGCGCUGAUGAAGUGUAACCAGGCUGCCAGAGGCGUCGCACAUGACCGGUCUGAUUUAAAGCAGACUUUUCAGAAUGACCUCGACGUGCAGAGGGAGACUCUGACGUACACUUCAUUUUAUUUCAUACCGAUAUCGCUCAGAAUGAAUGCGGGACCACGGAACACACGCUAGCCGUGAGGCAUCGCGUCGAUGUCGUAACUAGAGCUGAGGCGAUGCGAGGGAUAUCAUCUUUACGUAGUAUUAAACAGAAGGUGAAAUUAGCCCCGCCUUAUUCCAUGACAUAGUUUGCUUUGAUUAACCAGCGAUAUUCAUUUCUACCCCUCAGGAUUGCUCGGAUUCAGACUCUCGCACGAAACACACAAUAAAACUAGCAGCAGUACUGAAACGUCGACUUUAAAUGAAUAUUUAAAUUCCAUUGAAGUGUUUUUGGCUCUGCUCUAGUCAUAACUAUUUAUGUAAAUGAGACCGAGAGGAAAAAGGGGCGUUUCCUGUUAAUCAGGAUUUUGGUUAACACUUGGUGAUGGUAGUUUCAGGACCAGUGUGUAAACACUCAUCGAAAGUAAAACAUGGAAAUAGUUCAACUUCUUUUUCUUUUUUUUUAUUAUUAUUAUUAUUCAUGCUGCAAACACGACAUUAACAUUCUCCUGUAAAACUUGAUAGCAUCCAAUCAGGCGGUGCAGCGCUUCUUGUUAGCAUCACAUGCUAAUCCUGCUAAGCUUCAGCUUGAAUGUUUAAACCUUUUUAGAAAUCAGAUGACUGCUGUUCUUUGCUAAAGUUGUGUGUGUGUGUGUGUGUGUGUGUAUACAGCAGGCCAGGAUUAGUUAUGAGAAGCUGCUUUUUAAAGGAAUAGUCACGCCACACAAAGUGAUUAGCAUGCUGAAGUUCGCAACAUGCUAAUCAACGAGAUGUUUGACAUUUUUGGUGUGGUUUUUUUCUUUUAAACAGGGGUGUUUAGGCAUUCUGAUGAAACAAGGAGCUCCAGCUGGAGUUUUUCCUUAUUAUUAUUAUUAUUAUUAUUGCUGUUAUUAGCACCCCCUGUUGGAUUGAUGGUGGCUGUGCAGUUACUGCUGUAAAUCCUGCGUUAGUGAGCGAGUGGCGAUUUCGCUGCUGUUCGUUUUGACCUUUUUAGAUUUGCUGUAGUUGCCUUAAUCUGAUUUCUUUUUAAAUUAAUUUUUUAUUUUUUUUAGGUACCAAAGAAACUAUUGGUGUGUAAUAUUGUAAACAUAUACUCUUUUUGUCAUUGACACACACACACAAAAAAAUGAGAUUGGGGAGGGGGAAAAUAAACAAGUUUUUUUGGGGGA